ACAGCCGCGGGGUCUUGGCUCACUCGCAGUCCUCCGUCCAGACGGACCGACGCAGAGCAUGAAGCUGUGGGCAGUUCUACUGCUGGCCACCCUGGCCACUGCCUUCGCUGCAGAGGAUUCAUGUGUUGGACGCUGUGAGAAUGGCUUUGACUCCAAAAUGAAGUGCCAGUGUGACUCGAUGUGCCGAUACUAUGAGAGCUGUUGCUCAGACUAUGACUCCACCUGCCGCAUCAAAACUCGCGGGGACACAUUUGCUUUUGCCGAGGAUGAUGAUGAACAGUUCAACAGCACCACCACAGAGGCCACUCCCAGUCCCCCAAGGGGUGGGCGGAAGCACAGCACCCCAUCUCAGCCCUUAGAGACACAGAUGCUGACCCCCUCCCCUCCACUCACAAACCCUCCCCCAGACCCUGCCUCCUCUGACCCUGUCCCUACAGACCCUGUCUCGACAGACCCCGCCCCAACGGACCCCACCUCCACUGACCCUGCCCCCACAGACCCCACCCCAACUGACCCCGCCCCCACUGAUCCCGCCCCUACAGACCCUGCCCCAACUGACCCUACCUCCACAGACAACACCCCCACCAGGGCUCCUGACCCAGAGGCAGACACCUGCAGCGGCCUGCCCUUUGACUCCUUCAUGCAGGUGAAGAACGGCUCCAUGUACGCCUUCCGAGGUGAGUACUUCUUUGAGCUAGACGAGAAGUCCGUUUUGCCGGGGUACCCCAAACUCAUCAAGGACGUGUGGGGCAUCUCCGGGCCCAUCGACGCCGCCUUCACCCGCAUCAACUGUCAGGGGAAGACCUACAUCUUCAAGGGAAACAAGUACUGGAGGUUUGAAGAUGGCGUGCUGGAUGAUGACUAUCCCCGCGAUAUUUCUGUGGGAUUUGAGAAAAUACCGGAUAACGUGGAUGCGGCCUUUGCCAUUCCUGCCACCAACCACCACGGCAAGGAGAAGGUGUACUUCUUCAAAGGGGACCAGUAUUACCUGUACGAAUUCCAUCACCAGCCCUCGCACGAGGAGUGCAGCCGAAUGUCCACCUCCACCCUCUUCACCCGGUACACUGACCUUUACUACGACGCCUGGGAGGAGUACUUCCAUCACCUGUUCCGAGGCAUCCAGGGUCACCACGCUCCCCACUUCAUCAAUAGGGACUGGCUGGGGAUCCGUUCUCCAGUGGACGCAGUGAUGGCGGGGCGCCUCUACGUCACACCCAGACCCCAGCCUCCGCCCUUCAGCAGGUGGCCCGGCCCCAGGCCGGACGAGUGGGGGCGGGACCAGUGGGGGGGGCAGAGGCAGUGGGGAGGAAGGGGGCAGGGUUGGCCGUGGGGGCAGAACCGUCGGCAGAGCCGCUCACCGCAGUGGGACCCCAUGGCGGAGUGGGGGAUAGGCCUGGGGCAGGACUACGCCGAGAGAUUCUACAGAGCGGAGAGGCGGAGGCAGGACCAGGACCAGCAGAGGGAUGGCUACCGCAGGCAGCAGCAGCAGCAGCAGCAGCAGAAUGACUACGACUACAACUACGACUACAGAUACUCCCAGCAGCGGACCAACUACAUGAGCAAGCGCAGCCAGCCUGUGCAGAGCGUCUACUUCUUUAAGAAAGAUAAAUAUUACAGAGUGGAUUUACAAACCAAGAGAGUGGACUACGCCAACCCCCCUUACCCACGAUCCAUUGCCAAAUACUGGCUUGGCUGUCCGGAGAAACCAGGAGCAGAGAAAAGAUGACACCUUACAGCUAGAGCUCAGAGCCUCAUUGAGAUCGCGAAGAAAAAACACACAAAUGUGCACAAAUCUUUCAUUUUUAGCUCCACUGAACAAAGUACAGUAAGACGUUUUUUUAUAUGCAAAUCUCCCUAUGUGCUCUGCUUUUGUG